AAGUGUUUUUAAUACUUAUAGUACACACAAACUUGUUCCUUCUGAGUUUGUUUUUACUUUUUGGUAUCAAAUAAACAUAGAAAUCCACAAGUGGAAAGUAGCCUAAGUACCUUUCUUCAAGUGCUCUUUUGGAGUUAAAGUUUUUGUGCUUUUUUAAAACUGCUAUACAUAUUUGAGAUCUUUAACAACCAACAACUAUUUUCCAUUUAAGGUAAAGUGUAGUGAAUGAAGACACUUGCUGACAUUGAGCUCCCUGACCUAGACAUGUCAACAGUUACUUUGAACAAAGGCUCUGACACAUGUAACGUGUGACCUGACACAGUCAAACACAAAAUGGAAAGAGAAACAAAACCAUCACAACGAAACAGAAAACAACCACAAAGAGAUUAUAAACUACAAAGAGAUACAAAACAACUACAAUGUCAUCUGAGCUCUGAGAUCUAAGCUAAAGACUUUUUGGAUUUUGUUGAACACUUUUCGUUAUGGCGUUUUUUCCUUGGGUUUAGAUUUUUGUUCAUUCUGAGUUUUGCAUUUCCUGUUUAAUUUAGAAAAUUUGCUCCUUAUUCGCUGUCAUGUUUCCAGUGUCUUCUUGGACGUAUGCCUUGUGCUUUGAUGUUUUUUCCUGUUCCCCUAGUGUUUCAUUGCAUAUUGAGUUUUGAUCUUUGUUUUUUGGAAUCCUGUUUUACUUUUGUAGUGUUAUUUCUGCCGAAAUUAAUUUUGUUAUUUUACUGGCUCCUGCAAUCAGAACCAAACAAAUAGACUAAAAACUACAAAACAACACCAAACAACGACAGAGAGACUAAAGCACCCAAAAAGAGACAACAAAAUUAACUGCAAAGACACAUAAUACCAAAUAGUAAACAGAGACAGAAUGACCACAAACAGACAAACAAACAACAAAAAGAAACAACCACGAAGAUAGUGGUAAUACAAUUUGCCACUUGCCAAUAAACCGAACAAAGAAGAAGUGAAACAAAACAACCACCAAGAGAACAAAGUGACAACAUAACAACCACAAAGAGACAUAAAAUGACUACAAAACAACGUCAGACACACAACAACCACAAAGAGAUACAUUGUCACCAAAAAAAAAAGAAAACAGACAAAAGACACGGUAAAUGACUACAAAGAAACAACUACAAACCAACAAAAAUGAUCUACAAAGAACCAAAACAUCCAGAAAGAGACAAAAAGACACUUCAAAUUUAUGAUGGAGAUACAUUCAGUCUUUCAGUGACAUUUUCUGCUCAAGGAGUUAAAUGAAAUGUUCCAAAGUGAUUGAUGCUUUAUGUCUUAUUACAGAAAAGAGCUACAGCAGGUGUUGUGCCGCUAUGUCACAGACACCCUCAUCUACAUCGACACUGUAAGAGGAUUCUGUGAGGACUUCUCUAAAUGGGGGCUCUGUAGGGAGACAGAAGUAAACAUGAUGAUAGAUAUCAAAGAGAGGGCUGACAUCAUCGACCUAAACAUCGACCAUGUUUCUAAGUCAGAGCAAAAAGGUAAGGCCUUUUGGGAAUAUUUGAAGAGCAAGCUGAGCAUGACCGCAGACAGCAGGCGUGCAAAGCUGCAGGAGGAGCUGGAUGCCGUGCUCAAGGACACUUUGGUUGGCCUGGCGAAGCUCGAAUACUUCCUGGAUGCAGUGGAGAAGCUGGCGGUCACUUCGCUCCAUGUGUUUACGGAGAACCAGGCGCUAUGUCUGCCCAAAGGGAUCACCCUCGAUUGUGUUCAGGUUGUCAUCACUGCGGCACGGCUAAUCUGCCCUCUCCUCCUCGAGUUCAAAAGAGACGCACAAGUCUUCUUCCUGCCCAGAUUUCAGAAUGUGGAAGUGCUCUCUUAUGAGUUGGACAAGUACAUACGGACCACGCAGAACAUCUGCGAGACGUUAGGAAAAAGCUCCCUCAGUGACUUUCAUUUGAAAAUGACGAUGGAAACUGUGGUGAACGUCGACGUGGAUCUGUCUAGAGAUGAAAUGCGGAGGAUGCUUGAUCAUAUUAAUCAGCUGGAUGAGAUCAGGAUGAACAAGCACUUCAGGAUGGUGUUCUUGUUUCAAGAGGAAUCAUUUUGUGACUUCAUCAGUGACUUCAGCAAGCGACAGGACAGGAUGCUGGAGUUUCUCAAUGACCUGGAGGAGGGGGCUAUUCAGCUCGACAGGAUGAAUAUGGGGGCAAAGAUCUCCAGCGUGGUAGGCAGCUCGGUUGGGGCGGUUGGAGGUGUGCUCUCCAUUGUUGGCUUGGCGUUAAUUCCUGUGACGGCAGGGGUGUCUCUAGCUCUGACAAUGACAGGGAUAGGUAUGGGAAUCACCAGCGAGUCAACAGCGCUGUCACCACCCUUCACAGAGAUCGGAGUAAAUAGAACUCAACAGAACAAAGCCAGAGAGGUUUUCCAGAAAUUCAUGGAGGAUGUGCAGAGUCUCCAGGAAUGUCUGGACAAGGUGACCAGUCAAGCCGACACCAAAAUGGAAGAGAGUAUCAUCACAGUGGCUCUGGGAGUUAGCAAGGGUCUUAGUCAAGUUGGUGUUAUUGCAAAAGGUAUUGAUGCAUUAGUUGAUGCUGCCUCUACUACUAAGUUGUUGAAAACCGAAGAGUUGAUUGCAGGUGUUGGUAAGGUGGUGGCUCAGGAAGGUAAAUCAUUACGUAACGUGCCCAGGGUGGCCGCAGACAUCCCAGAUAUUGGUCAGGCAGUCGCCAAAGGGCCUCUCGCUCUUUCCAAGUCAGCCAGGGCAGGUCUCAUAGCAGUCAAUGCUCUCUUCCUCGGCAUGGAUAUCUUCUUCAUCUGUAAGGACAGCAUCAGUCUGGCAAAAGGCAAUGAGACCGAGUGCUCACAGUGGAUCAGGGCCAGAGCUACUCUGUGGAGCUCAGAGAUGGAUUCAUGGAAGGGGAUCCACGACUCCCUGUGUGAGGGCCGGGAGACGUCAGAGAAAAAAAAAGCUCUUCUAGAGACACCAUUUUAUCCGGAGAUGGAUGUGAAGAAGCAAAGAGAAGUAGAAAUGGAAUUUUCUCCUGAUAAAAUGGAAGAAAAACUGAAAUAAAAGAAGUUUUGCUUAACACAGUAGUGCUCAGAGCAGAGAGAGUAUCUUUGUAUUAAAGUUGUCCCAAUUCUCCACAAAAAGAGCUAAAUGGAACCUUGAUAAUUUGAUUUUGAGGCUUAAAAGUUGAAUAUAAUGCCAACUAAAUAUGGUGAGAUUGCCACCAGACCCUUAUCAAUAUGGAUAAAAGAUGUCGGCUUCCCCAGUGGGGGAACAGUUAGUCCAAGACAAUUACUACGGUUGGGAUAGAAAAUACAAUUGGGAAUUAAAAAGAAAAAGUCAAAAAUAAAAGUGUCUAAGAAGGAUCUCAAUGAAAUUGAAACACAUUUGAAAGCACUAAGUGUGUGGAAGAAGGAAUGUGGAUGUAGGGAAAGAAGAAAGAAUGCAAAACAAAUGCCGUGUGUUACCCAAGGGAAUGAAUGUGAUAAAAUGGCAAAUGAAUGUGAACGAACAGAUAAAUCUGCACAGAAAAAGGUUUCUUUGUAUCUUACAGUGCCUCAGUGUGUCAGAGUGGACCACAAUCUCGACUGUGCCCCUCUUCAGGGACCUGAAGUGGCUUCAGCCCCAGCCGGUUCACCUCCGCCCUAUAUUCCUCCACCAACAACUGCCCAUCCACCAGACUCCACGAACAGAACAGCAGACAACAGAAGCAGACCUCCUGUAACCCGCAGCAAAGCCGACAUCCACCUGUUACGCUGGUGCUGCCACACCAACCCUGCUGAUGCUUGAGGUCGCCGGACAAGGUGGUCUGAUGAUGGUUCUCUGUCCUUGGUCAGAAGCUGACAUGAAAGCAAAACUGACUGAAGUUUGACGAUAUGCUCUGCAUGUUGAAGAAAACUACAAGGCCCAACAAAGACUAAAAGACCUUACCAUGUAUCAGACACUUCAAGACUCACAGACAUCCUCUACCAUGUACAAUCACCAAACAAGCAGCAGAGGACACCGGUUCAACAGAGGAAGCGGUGGUUUCAGAGGAAGGGGCAGAGGCGGCCCCCGCACCUGCUAUAGGUCUGGAAAGAAAGGACAUUGGGCGAGGGAGUGUCCAGAGGAACGGGGUGGAGCUGCUCAGGCAGAUUGGAGCAGGGGGGCCAGGAGAGAGCGAUGGAAACUCUGAUUCAUUCGACGCCUGAGAUACACGGUAUCACACCCACACCACACAAACAGGAUAGUGACACACACACAUUGAUAUUAGAAGCAAUCACAUGCUUAGAAAUGAAAAACUACUUUCUCUGCAUUGUACAUCACCCCCCAACUGCAUGCAUAUAAAAAGUUUUUUUUCUGUUACAGUGCACGCGCAGAGAACUGUUCAUCUGGUAACUUUAAUGUCGUCGACUCAUCAUUUUUUGUCUCAAAUAGCUGUUGCGAACAUCUCCGCCUUACAGGAAAUCCCUAAGACACUGUGGGCUCAAGUCAAACAUGACGUUGGCUUAAUAUAACGCCUAAAUCUGACUUCAGGCCCUGCCAACAGUAAUAUCCAUUAAAAACUGAAGCCAUUAAAGGCAUUACUCCAGUUUUUGAAUCAUUACGAAAAGUAAGAGUAAUCCUUCCAUGGCAUCACUCACCAGUACGCACGCCUAUUUUUAACGUGAAAAUCUAAAUUGCAACUUUUCUGGGUCAUGUGAUCACAGCAGAGGGCAAAUCCCUCUCACCCAAACAUAUUGAGACUAGACCGACGCAGAACAAAGACUAGACCGACGCAGAAGAACAAAGACUUGACUAAGACUAUGCACCUCUGAGUUCCCUAUGAGCAAAGAGAAACACGCAGAUAAUGUAAAUGAUGAUGUAGAUAUCAGGACUUCACCCCUGUGGGUGAGGCCAUCCAUGUUUGUUUCUACCUGAGACAAAUCCCUACUGCUUUCCAUGAUUUCUGUAACAAGUGUGAUUUCUAGUAAUCAGACAGUGAAUUCUUAUAAUUCUAAUAAUUGUGUUUCUGUUGCUUUAACUCCAUAGAUAAUUAAGACAUUCUAAAUGAUUUACAGGACUGUUAACCUUUUUUGUGACUAAUUCUUUAUAAUACUUUGUAAUGAAUUCAAAUAUUUAAGUCCCAGUUUAACUUUAUGUUUGAGCAUAUCUUUUGUUUAAUCAAUUUUAGUGCUCCUAUUUGAUGUGAUUAUUAAACUGUUCUUAUCCCAAGGGUGUGGAGGUCUACAGAGCUUAGUUAGUAAUUGUCCCAAUAAUUUUGUAAUUGUACAAUAUGAAUGUUUGGAUUUUAACAAUUCAAUUAGAGAAGCAGUUUACUGAGCUAGUAACAUAUAUCCUGUUUCAAAUGUUUUAUAUGUAUUCAAGAGCAAUUUUUGU